CAGUUACAACUAAUGUCUGUGUAGGUCAUGUUAGAUCUGGUUUGCAGGAGCUUUACAGCACUUUAUUCAUACAAAACAACAGUUUACUAAAGAUUGUGCUUCAGGGCCAGAAAUCUUAAUAAUGUCUGAUUAGAUAUUGGGCUAAAAAUACAGAGUUCACUUUCCUUAACGUUACUGUUGCUAAGUGCUCAGGCUGAUGGUUCAGUUUGGAUGCUGUGUUUGAGUGUUCCUGUUGUCUUGAUUUAAAUGUGAACGAACGAAAAUUAACCUGCUCGCAUUUCACCAGCUGGUUUCUGUUGUUGUGGAUGUCUGAACAGGACUGAUGUUAACUGGAUGUAGAAACCUUUCUCUGACACUUUUUCCAUCCACCUAUAGAGGACUUUGUGCUAGGAGGAGCUUGACCUCACGGGCUGCUCUCUACUCCUCUCCCUCGGCGCUUUCAUCCACCUCUUCAUCUCCCCCAUCUCACAGCUUCUUGACAAGCCAACGCACCUCAGUCCCCUUUCACUCAUCUGUCCAAUUCAUUUCCAGCCGCUGCUUUCCUCAUUCUCCUCACUGUUCAAGCCCGAUGGAGCUAAAAGAAGUUCUGCAGGUGAUGGAGCAGCUUGCUCCUUUGUCUCUGGCUGAGGCAUGGGACAAUGUUGGCCUUCUGGUGGAGCCUAGUAAAUCUCGGCCUGUUAAAACCAUCCUGCUGACCAACGACCUCACAGAUGCUGUCAUGGAGGAAGCAGAGGCCAUGAGCUGUGACCUCAUUAUCUCAUAUCACCCCCCGUUGUUUCGACCAAUCAAGCGUCUGGUUCAGAAAGACUGGAAGCAGCGAUUGGCGAUUCGUGCUGUGGAGGCUGGGAUAGCAAUCUUCUCCCCUCACACCUCGUGGGAUAGUGUUAAAGAAGGAGUAAAUGACUGGCUGGUGGGGGGACUUGGUAGUGGUCAGGUGUCUGUGCUGAGUCAGGCCCUCUGUGGCGCCUCCCACAAUCACAAACUGGAGUUCUCAGUCAAGAGCAUGGAGGAACUACACGCUGUAAUGGAGGAACUGAAGGCUUGUGACAAUGGAACGUCACUACAACAUUCAGUCAGCAGACCGGAUGGCAGUGGGAUCCAUGUCGGUGUGAACUGCAGUGACUCAGCACUGACCUCCAGUGUUCAGACUCUGUUACGACACAAUACCCCCGGCCUGUCCCUCAGCAUCCUGAAGUUAGAAAAGCGCCCUCUACCGGGCCAUGGCCAAGGACGUCUUAGUGUUUUGGACCAGCCAGUAACCGUGGCAACAGCCGUCGAGAAAAUGAAGUCCCACUUGGGUUUGAAUCACCUCCGUUUGGCUCUGGGAUUGGGGCAGACGCUUGAGUCCUCUGUGUGUACUGUGGCUGUGUGUGCUGGAUCUGGGGCCUCGGUACUGAAUGGAGUAAAGGCAGACCUUUAUAUCACAGGUGAGAUGUCCCACCAUGAGGUGCUGGACGCCGUGGCGAAGGGAACCAGCGUCAUUCUCAGUGACCAUAGCAACAGCGAGCGGGGAUUUCUGUCUGUGUUCAGGGAGAGGCUGGCUGUGCGUCUUCCUGACAGUGUAACAGUGGUGGUGUCGAAGGCUGACAGAGACCCUCUGGAGGUGGUCUGACCGACAGUUACACUAGUUAAUACUGAUCUCUGCCUAGGUUGGAUAAAAUAGACAACAUCACAAAAGCACUUUAACUAAUGGUGUGAUUCAAAUGUAUGUGUGUGACACAAUGAGGCCCUUAAUAUAUCUAGUGAUCAUUGCACGGUAUUUUAGUGUAUCAACAUGUAAUUACUCAAAGUGCUUCCUUGGUUCAUCUUGUACUAUUUAUCAUGUAUUCCUGACAGGGUCUUAAUAAAAAUGGGUUCUAUUUGAUCAAAAAA